AUGGCUUCUUUGCUCCCUAUUAGCACUUACAACUUGGCCCUUGAGCCUUUCAACCCACAGCCUGCCUUGCAGGAAGACUUCCCAGUCACUGUGAGAAUAACCAUGGCUGCUGUUGACCCAGAGGCUGCCGAUGACAAGGAGGAGCCUUCUACCUUGAGAGUCUUGAAGAGAGCCAUGCCUUUCGAUGAGGAUGAUCUUUUGGACCUUGAGGCUGAGGAUGACGAAGACGAUGAAGAGGAUGAAUUGGACGUGAGCGAAGAGGAAGAAGAGGAGGAGAAGCCAAAGAAGGGCAAGAAGGAGAAGAAGGGCAAGAAGGAAGAGAAGAAGGAAGAGGAAGAAGAGGAAGAGGAGGAUGACGAUGAGGAUGACGAGGACGACGAAGACCUUGACGACGAGGUUGAGGAGUUCGUUCUUUGUACUCUUUCUCCAAAGGUCCAGUUCCAGCAGACUCUUGACUUCACCAUCUCUCCAAACGAAGAGGUUCACUUUGUUGUCACUGGUUCUUACCCAGUCCACCUCAGCGGUAACUACGUCGAGCACCCAGCUGACGACGAGGAGGACGACUAUGACUCCGAUGAGCUUGAGGAGGAAUACUUUGACGAGGAUGGAUACAACUUGACCCCAGAUGAGGAUGAGUUGAUGGACCUCGAGGCCUUGGAAGACGAGUCUGACGUCGAAGGUAAGAUCCAGGAGUUGGUCGAGGAAGACAGCUCCAAGAAGAGAGCUGCUGAGGAAGAGCCACAGCCAGCUAAGAAGAGCAAGAAGGACAAGAAGGCUGCUAAGGAGGAGAAGAAGGUGCAGUUCACCAAGGAAUUGGAGCAAGGUCCUACACCAUCUAAGAAGGACAAGAAGGGUAAGAAGGAGGAGAAGAAAGAGGAAGAGUCCAAGGACAAAAAAGACAAAAAAUACCCUACCAAGACGUUGUUGGGCGGUGUGAUCACCGAGGACAGGAAAACCGGCAGCGGAGCUUCAGCCAAGUCAGGUAACAAGGUCGGUAUCAGAUACAUUGGUAAGUUGAAGGACGGCAAGGUGUUUGACAAGAACACCUCGGGCAAGCCAUUUGUGUUCAACUUGGGCAAGGGCGAGUGCAUCAAGGGCUUCGACUUGGGUGUUGCCGGUAUGGCCGUGGGAGGAGAAAGAAGAGUGGUUAUCCCUCCAAAGAUGGCUUACGGCUCGCAGAAGUUGCCAGGAAUCCCGGCCAACUCCGAAUUGACCUUUGACAUCAAGUUGGUAUCGCUCAAAUAG